AUGACUAACAAACAAUCUAGAAGUCGUAUCAUGGCAACUGUGAACCAAGCUGAUGAAAGCGGCGGCAAGCCUGCUAGCAACGGUAACACUGCCAAUGUGGGGAGUAACGUCUUCGUUGCGACAGCCAAUGAUGCAAAUUCCUCCUUUGCACUCCUCCAACAAGUUCAAUCUAUAUUGCUAGAAAACAACGAGGCCAAAACGAAAAUGGUGGAACUGGAAAAUCAGAUGGCAACCUUUCAAAAGGAACGGGAGGCAUUGAAUCGCCAAUUGGACGAAAACGAAAAGGAUUCAGAACAGAAAAUUCAGAGUCUGCAGCAACAGCUGUCCCUAAAGGAAGAACAAUGGUCUGAAAGAUAUGAAACUCAAGAAAGAAACCACAAAUCCAGCCUUCAGAAGCUACAAACCAACAUCGAUGAUUGGGAAUCCCAGCACCAAGACUGGAUCGUACAAAAGGAGCAACACCACGACGAUGCCAGCAAAUUGAAAGAAGAGAAAAUACGCCUGGAAUCUCAAGUUCAACAAAUCAAGUCAACCUUGGAAGAAUCUGAGGCAGACGCACGUCGACUCCGGCAGCACCAAGAAGAAGCUACCAAGACGCAUCAAGAAAAGGUCGACGAAAUGAAUAGCCGUCUAGAGUCAACACAAAAUGAUCUGGAGGCACAGAGACUUCAGCAGAAGAACGAAAAGCAAAGCCACGAAGAACAGGAACGCAAAUUGAGCCAGACAAUAAAAGAAUUGCAAACUUCUGCCAAAGCGAAAGACGCGUCUCUCCAAUCGUUGAAUGAUGUCAUCAAAGAAUUGCGCCUCGAGGCCUCGCAAUUGAAGCAGUCUCAUCAAACACAAGUGGAUGAUAUGGAAGGAACGAUUGCCAAUUUGGAGCAGGAAAAUGUUGCUCAGUCAAGACAAGCCGAGGAAUACCAAACCGAAAUUGAAAAACUCCAAGAGGAAAUGGAUUCCCUUAAAUCAGUCUUUUUGGAGCAGCAGAAGCGAGUCGAAGAAAAAGAAGAAUACAGCUCAGAACACGAAGACCAAGAAGAUCAAGAAUCCAAAUGGCAAGACCUGGUGCAAUCACUCCAAAUCCAAGUUCAGGCCCAAACCAAUGUUGCCGAAACACAAGGUCAAGAAUUGGAAGAGGCCAAGAGUCAGAAUAUGCAAUUACGAGUGCAACUGCAAGUCGCUUCUCAGCAAAAAGAACAGCUGGAAAGGAGUUGGAAUGAAACCAAGGAAAAGCUCAACAGUUUGGAAGAACGCCUUUCGCGACAGAGCGAUGGUGGCAACUACGCCCAUGAAGAGGCGGCAGAAACAACUAACUCUCUUCACGACCAGCAGACCCGACAAGAGCAAGAGAUUGCAUCCUUGAUGGAAAAGAAUAGUCACUUGAAUGAUCGAAUUGUCCAAAUGGAAGCCCAACUGGUAUUGGGAGGCUCUCGGAGCUAUGAUCAUUCCGAAAGUAAAGACGUCCAUUCUGAUCAAGAAAAUGGAAUGGGAAACGAUAGUCAAGACGGCAACCAUGAUACCAUUGCCCAGUUGCAGCAACGGAUCAUGCACCUGGUAGAGGAAAAGCUCAUCUUGCAAACAGCGGUAGAAACCUUGGAGCAUGAAUUUAUGGAAUCGGAUUUGCUGGAACGAAAUGCUGUGAGCCGCCAACUGCAACAGAAGCGAUCUCCUGCUAUGGCGAUUAAGGAAUACUGGCACGAUCAUCAGCUCGAGCUGCAAAAGCAGCAAGAGCCUCCUACGAUUGUAGUGGAUGAAAAUACCAAACAAGCAGACAUUAUUCGACAAACGUUGGAGCACCGGCAGUCCCAAAAGCUCAGUCGUCGCAUUAGCGAGAAGGUGCGGGGUCAUCCUACGAAGCCAAAGGCUACACAGCAGAUUGAUGUGAAAGCAACCAAGCAACUCUUCCUACAGGAGCAACAAAAGCAGGAACUUAUCAAGAAGGCACAAGCUCAAAAGCGAACGAACUUGAGCAAUGCAAGACCCACAGCCGCGGAAAUCGGCCGAAGCAACUGGGUUCGCAGCAGAGACCAUGGGGUGGCUUCUAAAGACACACCUUUUAGUCACAGUGGCUCUACCGAUCUUCCAGAAUAUUUGGGACCGAAGCAACACGGUUUUGUCCAAUCGGCUGCGUCAUCUUCCAACACAAAGGAAAAGACGACCACUUGGACAAGGAUCCGAGAUUCAAUUGCAGGAUCAAAGACGAACAAAGCGGAAGGGGAAGCCCGACCCUCUGAUGUCGACGAUUUUUCGCAAUGGGUCCAAGAGCUCAGUCAGGAACAACAAAGCGCCGAAGUAAAGGAAUCUCAACAACCCGAGGAAUUUAAGAGUUUGAGUGUCCCAGCCAGCAUGUUGGAUCCAAUGCCAAUAUCCUCGAAUACUGGGCGAUAUGCUGUCCAAUCAAUUGAUGACAUGCUGAACGAAGGAGCAAGUGGUGGAGUAGAAGGAUUGACCAAGAAGCUUGGCAAGCGAGAAGAAACUCAUGCAGAACAGACCUAUAGGGUUGCGGCUCCGGUUCAAUCCAAAAAGACGCACAUUUCAAAGGAAGAAAGUCAGACAGCUGCUAUGGGUCAAGGGAAGGCAAUCGAUCAAUCCAAUCUUUUGGGAUUUUACGUGAGCAAGCAAAAGGAAGCAGCUAAUUCCACAACUAUUGGAUACUUGAGCAGUAUGAUCUAUGGGGAUCCAGAGGAAGAAGAAGCCAAGAUUCAAAAGAAGCUACUUAAGCGACAGCUGGCGCAAAAGAAGAAGCAAGAGCAACGAGAACGGGAACAGUUGAAGCAAGCAGUACAAGGUACAAUAAAGAGCAAGCCGAAAACACUGUUUUCGUCGUUUGUAUAA